AUGGCGUCGCCUCCGCCCGUGGAAGACCAGUCGCGCCUGCUGGAGGAUGCCUUGGGCGUCGUGCGCCAGCAGACGAUGCUCAUGCGGCGGUGCCUGGAGACUCCGGGGAAGCUCAUGGACGCGCUCAAAUGCUGCUCGACCCUUGUCUCAGAACUGCGCACCAGCAGCCUCGGCCCCAAGCAAUACUACGAGCUGUACAUGGCCGUCUUCGAUGCGCUGCGCUAUCUCUCCGUCUACCUUCGCGACAACCACCCCGUCAACCACCUUGCCGACCUGUACGAGCUCGUGCAAUAUGCCGGCAACAUCAUCCCACGUCUGUACCUCAUGAUCACCGUCGGUACCGUAUACAUGGCCAUUGAGGAUGCGCCCGUCAAGGAGAUCAUGAAGGACAUGAUGGAGAUGAGCCGCGGUGUGCAGCACCCCGUUCGCGGCCUUUUCCUCCGCUACUACCUGUCGGGUCAGGCCCGCGACCACCUCCCUACCGGCGAUGGCGAUGGCCCUGAGGGCAACCUUCAGGAUUCCAUCAGCUUCAUCCUCACCAAUUUUGUCGAGAUGAACAAGCUUUGGGUGCGGCUACAACACCAAGGUCAUUCGCGGGAACGGGAGCAGCGGACCAAGGAGAGACAAGAGCUGCAGUUGCUGGUCGGAAGCAAUCUGGUCCGUCUGAGCCAGCUGGUCGACUUGGAGAAUUACAAGAAAAUCCUGGGUCCGCUCCUGGAGCAGGUUGUCCAGUGUCGGGAUGUUCUCGCGCAAGAGUACCUGCUUGACGUUAUCAUCCAGGUCUUCCCCGACGAGUUCCACCUCCACACCCUCGACCAGUUCCUCUCCGCCACCGCUAGGCUUAACCCACACGUCAAUGUGAAGGCCAUUGUCAUCAGCUUGAUGGACAGACUAUCUGCGUAUGCAGGCAGAGAAGCCGAUGCCGAGACCCCCGAACAGCGGAAACAAAUCGAGGAAGAAGCUUGUGCCAAACUUCUCGAGCAGCUGCGGAUAUCGAAGGAGGCGAAGGCCACGGAGCCAUCAAAGCAACAAAACGGCGAAAAUGGCGAGGCGGACCACGAGGAGGGCGAGGACGAAUCCAUCGCUCCUUCAGAGUCCACCGCAGUCGCCCCGUCGGAAGCGACAGCGGAGACCGAAGCUACGGCUGUUGAUGGCGAGAUUAAGAAACAUCGUGGCAUUCCGGAGAAUGUCAAGCUCUUCGAGAUCUUCUACGAGCAAGUUGCCGCACUGGUCAAGAUGGCACGGCUGCCAAUUCAAGAUACCAUUGCUCUUCUCGUUUCUCUCGCGAACCUCGCAUUAAGCAUCUACCCUGAUCGCCUGGACUACGUCGACCGCGUUCUUGACUUUGCGAACGAGAGGGUCGCACAAUACGCCAACAGCGCCGACCUCCACUCGCAAGCUUCCCAAUCCAACAUUCUCAACCUUCUUCUUGCGCCUCUCAAGGCAUACCUUUCUCUAUUCACCGCACUCGCUCUCCCCAACUUUGUACCUCUUCUGCAUUCUCAACCUUACCCGACCAGAAGAGCGGUUGCUGGUGAGGUUGCUCGGAGUUUGCUUAGGAACCAAACCAAAAUCUCUACUGUCGAGAAUCUGGAGUCUGUGCUGGAGAUCCUCAAGGUUCUCAUCAAGGAAGGCGCUCAACAACCUACCGGCUACCCCGGUGGUCCUUUGCAGAGGAAGGGUAUGGAGACGGACGAGACGAUCGAAGAGCAAGGAUGGCUCGCGCGGAUAGUGCACCUCAUCCAAGGCUCCGACAAUGAUACCCAAUUCAAGCUUCUCCAGGCCGCUCGCAAGGCAUUCAGCGAAGGCAGCGAGCGCGUCAAGUACACCACACCCGCACUCAUCACCUCAUCUCUCAAGCUCGCCAGGAGGUUCAAGGCACGCGAGCAUUUUGAUGACAACUGGAACUCACAAUCGUCGGCACUUUACAAAUUUGCCCACUCCCUCCUCAGCACUCUCUACGCCCGUGUUGCCGGUUCAGCUGAUUUGUCGCUCCGGUUGUUCGUCGCCUGCGGCCAGGUCGCUGACCAGACUGGCCACGAGGAGAUUGCAUACGAGUUUUUUGCGCAGGCUUUCACCAUAUACGAGGAAGCCAUCAGCGAUAGCCGCGCGCAGUUCCAGGCUGUUUGCAUCAUCGCUGGCAGCCUGCACACAACGAGGAAUUUCAGCAGAGAUAAUUACGAUACCCUAAUCACUAAGUGUGCCUUGCACGGUAGCAAGCUGCUCAAGAAGCCGGAUCAGUGCCGCGCCGUCUACUUGGCAAGUCACCUGUGGUGGGCCACCGAGAUCAGGGCUCUCAACGAAGAAGACCCCAAGGACCUCUACCGUGAUGGCAAGCGUGUACUUGAAUGCCUGCAGCGUGCUCUCAGGGUGGCUGAUGCAUGCAUGGAUGCGGCGGUCAGCGUUGAGCUCUUUGUUGAAAUCCUUAACCGUUACGUCUACUACUUCGACCAGGAGAACGAGGCUGUGACCACCAAGUACCUCAAUGGCCUCAUCGAGCUAAUCCACUCCAAUCUCAACACCAACGAGAAUACGGCUAGCUUGGAGAACCCGCGCAAGCACUUCCAGCGGACCCUCGAUUACAUCGCCUCGAGAGACUACGAGGGCGUUGUUACGCAGCCGAAGUGA